CAUGGGUCCCGGGCCGCGCGCUCUGCUCGCCGCCCUCCUGCUGCUCCUCUGCGGCGCCGGCCCCGCGCUCGGCGACACACCUGCCAACUGCACCUACCCCGACCUGCUGGGCACUUGGGUCUUCCAGGUGGGCCGCGGAGGUUCCCAGCGCGACGUCAACUGCUCGGUGAUGGGACCACCAGAAAAAAAAGUCGUGGUGCACCUUCAUAAGUUGGAUACAGCAUAUGAUGACUUGGGCAAUUCUGGCCACUUCACCAUCAUUUACAAUCAAGGCUUUGAGAUUGUGUUGAAUGAUUACAAGUGGUUUGCCUUUUUUAAGGAUGUCACUGAUUUUAUCAGUCAGUUGUUCAUGCAGCUGGGAACUGUGGGGAUAUAUGAUUUACCGUAUCGGAGGACCAAACUGGUUGUUAAAUAGAGCAUCUGUUGAGGGGCUCUUUUAAAACCACAGCCCCAAACAGGCUUUGGGGCUGAGAGGCAGAGCAGCCUGCAGCACUGGACCCACCUACCUCUCACAGCUAGCGGAGGCUGGCCUCCUAGCAGCCGCAGAGCCUUCUGGAGUCUUUAUGUGCAUGUAACAUGCAGAGGCGUCCUGGUGACCUACCUCCAAGGCAGCUGCCCUACCGAACGUUUCCGUGGAAAGCAGCCCAGCAUCAUGUUGGAAUGUGGUCAGAGACUACGCAGGAGAAAGAAAAAAAUAUUCUGGAAGUCUUAGGUGGCCUCACCUUGCAGCCUUUGAGUAAAAGGAACAGUACGCAACAUGAGGUUUUUUCUCUUUGGGACACUCUUCUCUUGAAAUGAUUUUUCCAAACAGGCUGGGAUUGGAAUUUUAUUUUUCAUUUUGUUCACAGUGCAAAUUUUAUUCCCAGUUACAUUACCUUCCUGAAGGCCUUUUCUGAUGACCUUGAGGAACCCCAGCGCCUGUUGUAAGGAUAAAAUAAGGCUUCAGAAUAUCUUGAGAUGCGCAGCUAUGUUGUUAUUGGUGGGAAGAUGGUCCUGUGGAAGAGGCUUCCUGAGAUGAGCCAAACUCCCAAAGGGUGUCUUCUUGUAGAUCAUAGGCUGGCAGUAACCUGGCCAGAAAGGGGCUAAGAACUUGAGGUACUUUUACCUUACAAAAAUCCUACAAAGUAAACAUCACUAGUCUUCAUUUCCUGGGGGGGAAGGAGGGUAAUUGGUAUCAGAGAGUAUUUAAGCUCCCACAGCUUAAGUGUUAAAUGAUAAGGGCUAGACUUUCAAACCUAAGCAUUUCCUUGGGGCUAAAGAGGGAAAGAAAGGCCCUUUCACAGGGAAGUACAAGUACUUGGAUUCGCAUUUGGGUAGAUUUUCUGGUGAGUCGCAGUCUGUAAACAUCGCAAAUGUCAGUUUAAUGGAAUAGAAUACGCACCACAUUGGCUCCUCUUGAGAUUUUAGAAUUGGCUUGAAGUUUAGGUUUCCUUUCCAAAUGAGGCUGUUCGCUCUUUCCCAAGCCAGGGUCCUGUCAUUUAAGACAAAAAAAAUUACCUUCACCUUCCCUUUAUAGUCCCCCAAAUUGUAAGGAGAGCUUUGUAAUCUUCAAAUUAAGUGCAAUUUAAGUACCUUUGCCAAGUUCACUUCUCUUAAUACCACUAUUGUUCAUACCGAUGGCUAUCAUUUAGCUCUUUCCUGCUGAACAAUGGCCUAGUUUCCUCCACAGUUGUUCAGACCUGAUUAAUAUCAGCCUUGGUAAACCAAAAAUGUGGGCCUCCACCUAAUGCAUAUUGUCUGGGAGGACUUCCCUCCUGCACCCCUGCUUGAACGGAGGAAUCUUUCUCUAGACAGCAGGUUGCCAUCGUUACACUGAGUUCAGAUAACUUGAUGCCAUCUGAGGGUCUCUGGUCUGCAUUUCUGGGAAGGCUGUAUCUUACAACGAUGAAGUUAACAGUACAGCCAACUGCUACCUGGAUACUUUCUUCCAUCCUACCUCUGGACCCGAUCAUUCCUCUUCACUCAGGACCUUAUGUCACCUCUGUGAAACCCUCCCCUACUCUCUGUUAGUGGGAGAAACCCCAUUAUUUUGGUUCUUGUGCUUUGCUGGUACCUCCACUCAGGUAGUGCUAACCCUGCUGGAAUGGAAUGAUGUGACUGCAUGUUUUCAUCGUUGUCCAGGCUGAAAAUCUCUUAAUUUCCCCAUAUAUGUUAAGCAGCUCAUGCCCAUAGAGAUUUAUAGAUACUUGGAAGAUUGACCAUGCUUCUCUUGUCUUUUCAAAGAUUUCUCACAGGUAAUGCGGCUUACAAAUAAUUAAUUCUAUAGGGUAAUAGAAGCACAAAUCAGGAAUAGUACUAUGUGUAUAGUUUGGGUUCUCUGCUCUAAAAUAUAUCAGGUUACCUGCCUCCAGUGUCCUGACAGAGUUGUAUGUUUUCAAACUGAUUUUCAGGAUGUAAAUACUGACAAAGCAACCAAUGUGUAUAAAACAUGUAUUACGGAAUUUAAAAUCACCCCUACAAAAGUGAUUUUUUUGUUUGUUUCUCUAAGAGUCACUGUGCAUCUAAAUGCUUGUAUUGAUUAUGGAAGAAGAGAAGAUUUGGUGGGUACGAAAUUGCAAAUACAUGUGUUAGAAGGCUGCAUGAUACAGGACUGCUUAGCAUUCUCUGUUGUAAUUGCCUGCUUGUCCUGUCCUCUGGUCGUUAAACUCCGUGACAGCAGGGAUCAACUCUGUAUUAUUGACCAUUUUAUUUUAUUCCCUAUGUAUAGCACAAUGUGUGAAAAUGAUAGGGCUUCAAUAAAUAUUUGCAAAAGAAAGAGAACUGAGUAAUA